AUGCUGCCCGCGCGCUGCGCCCGCCUGCUCACGCCCCACUUGCUGCUCGUCUUGGUGCAGCUGUCCCCUGCUCGUGGCCACCGCACCACGGGCCCCAGGUUUCUAAUAAGUGACCGUGACCCUCAGUGCAACCUCCACUGCUCCAGGACUCAGCCCAAACCCAUCUGUGCCUCCGACGGCAGGUCCUACGAGUCCAUGUGUGAGUACCAGCGAGCCAAGUGCCGAGACCCAACCCUGGGCGUGGUGCAUCGAGGUAGAUGCAAAGAUGCUGGCCAGAGCAAGUGUCGCUUGGAGCGGGCUCAAGCCCUGGAGCAGGCCAAGAAGCCUCAGGAGGCUGUGUUUGUCCCGGAGUGUGGCGAGGAUGGCUCCUUUACUCAGGUGCAGUGCCAUACUUACACGGGGUACUGUUGGUGUGUCACCCCAGAUGGGAAGCCCAUCAGUGGCUCUUCUGUGCAGAAUAAAACUCCUGUAUGUUCAGGUUCGGUCACCGACAAGCCCUUGAGCCAGGGUAACUCAGGAAGGAAAGAUGACGGGUCUAAGCCAACGCCCACGAUGGAGACUCAGCUAGUGUUCGAUGGAGACGAGAUCACAGCUCCCACUCUAUGGAUUAAGCACUUGGUAAUCAAGGACUCCAAACUGAAUAAUACGAAUGUGAGAAAUUCAGAGAAAGUCUACUCAUGUGACCAGGAGAGGCAGAGUGCCCUUGAAGAGGCUCAGCAGAAUCCCCGUGAGGGCAUUGUCAUCCCUGAGUGUGCCCCUGGGGGGCUCUAUAAGCCAGUGCAGUGCCACCAGUCCACUGGCUAUUGCUGGUGCGUGCUGGUGGACACAGGGCGCCCACUGCCUGGGACUUCCACACGCUACGUGAUGCCCAGUUGCGAGAGUGAUGCCAGGGCCAAGAGUGUGGAGGUGGAUGACCCCUUCAAGGACAGGGAGCUACCAGGCUGUCCAGAAGGGAAGAAAAUGGAAUUUAUCACCAGCCUUCUGGAUGCUCUCACCACUGACAUGGUCCAGGCCAUUAACUCAGCAGUACCCACUGGAGGUGGGAGGUUCUCAGAGCCAGACCCCAGCCACACCCUGGAGGAGAGAGUGGUGCACUGGUACUUCAGCCAGCUGGACAGCAACGGCAGCAGCGACAUUAACAAGCGGGAGAUGAAGCCCUUCAAGCGCUACGUGAAGAAGAAAGCCAAGCCCAAGAAGUGUGCCCGGCGGUUCACCGACUACUGUGACCUGAACAAGGACAAGGUCAUCUCACUGCCCGAGCUGAAGGGCUGCCUGGGUGUUAGCAAAGAAGGACGCCUCGUCUAAGGAGCAGAAAAUCAAAGGGCAAGUGAAGAGUCCAGGGAGACAGGACGGACCAUCAGACACCCAACCUUCAGCGUUGCCCACUGCCCAGCCACAUCCCAUGUAACAUACAUGGUGCCCACCAUGUUUGCACUUUUAAUAACUGUUAUUUGCGUGUUUUGUUUCCGAUUUCAUUUUUAAACGCCGAUAUCUCAUAACACAGUGGGAAAAGAAAAGGGAAGAAAGACUGUGUAUUCACUCAUUGUAAGUUUUUGGA